CCUACUAAUGCCGAGAGGAGGAGGAGGGGAGGAAACGAGGGGAGAGGAAAGGACGCGAGGGAGCAACGGGAGAAAGGAGAGAAAAAAAGAGGGAAGGGGGCGGGGGGAAAAAAAAGAGAGAAAACCGAGAGACAGGGGUUAGUGGAUGUAGCUCUAGCUGUGGGCCGGGGGGUGAGCUACCUAACCCGGGCUGCUCGGCUGAAAUAUCCAUGGGUGGCUGUGUCGGGAGCCACCACGACUCUUCUGGCAGCUUAAACGAGAACUCGGACGGCACUGGAGUAGCUCUUGGGCGUAACCAGCCCCUAAAGAGAGAGCGGCCUAAAUGGAAAAGCGACUACCCGAUGACAGAGGGCCAGCUGCGCAGCAAGAGAGAUGAGUUCUGGGAUACGGCGCCAGCGUUCGAGGGCCGAAAGGAGAUCUGGGACGCGCUGCGGGCCGCGGCCAGCGCCUUCGAGAGUAACGACCACCUCCUGGCUCAGGCGAUCCUCGACGGGGCCAGCAUCACACUGCCGCAUGGGGCCCUUACAGAAUGUUACGAUGAACUGGGGAACCGGUACCAGCUGCCGGUCUACUGCCUCUCUCCUCCGGUCAACAUGAUCGAGGAGCGCUCCGAUGACCCCGACGGCUCGGACCCGGACUCCGGGGCGGCAGACCCGGCGGCGGCGGGCGGCGGCGGGGACCCGGGCGCCGGCGGCGGCGGCGAGUGCCAGCUCCGCCUCCGGCUGUCCACGGGCCGCGACCUGCGGCUGGCGGUGCGCUCCACGGACACGGUGGGCCUGAUGAAGCGCCGCCUGCAGGGCCAGGAGGGCGUGCCCGCCGCCACCCAGCGCUGGUUCUUCUCCGGCCGGCCCCUGACCGACCGCCUGCGCCUGGACCAGCUCAACAUCUCCCGGGACUACGUGGUGCAGGUCAUCCUGAGCCAGCGCCCGCCCCCGGAGCCGCCCACCACCCCGGGGCACACGCCCGAGGCCCCCGGACCCGGGGCGGGGGAGGGGGGGCCGGCGCAGACUCAGGAGCCCACGCCCGUGGAGAACUGA